UUUCCAGAGCCGUCUCCUGCUCACCAAGCUGCGUGCGUAAAACAAGGUGUAAGGCCACAGGAGGGGACGGUGAUGUUCAGGAGAGAGAAAAAAUGAAGCCUUUUUCUAUUUUUAGAUUCAUUAUCGUCAAACAAACAGUGCGCAACUGCAGCAGCGCAGCCCAGAAAGCUGUGCGUACAAAGAAGGAAGCUUGCUUUCAUUUUCUAACCAGAGAGGCGUGGAAGUGAUUUGGAGUGAAGGCAACUUGUGCUUGAUCAGAGAAAAUAAAAGAAAGGAGGAAAAAAAGUUGUCUACUGAAGGUGUUUUGGCGUCUGAAGGGGAGCUGAUGGAGUUUUCUGAGCACAUCAAGACGGCUAACGUGGAGGAUGUUGUGCUCAGACAGCCGCUCCACCCGCCGAGCAGAGGAACCCUGUGCAUCACCGGCCACCACCUGCUCUUCUCGGACAGGGAGGAGGGCAGCUCCCGGCAGGUCCUGCUGCUCCUCAGGAACAUCGAUGCAAUUGAGAAAAGUGUGGAAAACCUUUUGGGCUAUUCGGGCUUCUUCUCUAACGCAGGUCUCAGUGAAAGGAUGUCUGGAUCGUCAGGCACGAUUACCAUCAAGUGUAAAGAUCUGCGUGUGCUCCAGCUUGACAUCCCGGGCAUGGAGCAGUGUCUCAACAUCGCGCACUCUAUUGAGACCCUGUCCUGCCUGGACUGUGUGUCGGAGAUGUACCCUUUCUUUUACAGGCCUGCUGACCUCAGCCUGCAGGACCAGUGGGGUCUCUCAACCCCUGAAAAGCACUACAGCCAAAUGAAGGAGCUUUGUGAGAGGUGGAGGCUGAGCAGCGUGAACAGAGACUACUCGGUGUGUCCCUCCUACCCUUCAGCAGUCAUUGUUCCUAACAGCAUCGAUGACAGCACGCUGAAGAAGGUCGCCAAAUUCAGGCAGGGAGGACGCUUCCCUGUCCUCUGCUACUACCACAAGAAGAAUGGCAUGGUAAUCAUGCGCAGCAGUCAGCCGCUGAUGGGAGCCAAUAGGAAGCGCUGCAAGGAAGACGAGCUCCUCCUCCAGGCUGUGAUCGACGGCUCAGACAAAGGUUACAUCAUCGACACCCGCUCCAGUCAGCAGGCUCAACAGGCCCGAAUGACGGGUGGAGGGUUCGAGUCCAAGUCCUGCUACAGCCACUGGAAGAGACUGCACAGGCAGAUGGACAGAGGUAAAGCCCUCCAGGAGAGUCUGAUCAAACUGGUGGAGGCCUGCGGCGACGAGUCCAACAACAUGGACCGCUGGCUCAGUAAGCUGGAGAAUUCAAAGUGGCUGUCUCACGUCCAGACUGCUCUGUCGACCGCCGGCCUGCUGGCGGAGUGUGUUGAGAGGGACGGGCAUUCUGUUCUGGUUCACGGCUCUGAAGGGACAGACUCCUCUUUGCUCAUCAGCACUCUGGCUCAGCUCAUCAUGGACCCUUGCUGUCGUACACUGGAUGGCUUCCUGGCCCUGCUGGAGCGCGAGUGGCUACAGGCCGGACACCCGUUCCAGCAGCGGUGUGCCCGCUCGGCCUACUCCCACGCUCGUCUCCAGCAGGAGUCUCCGGUGUUCCUGCUGCUGCUGGACUGUGUGUGGCAGCUGUGGCGUCAGUUCCCUCUGGCUCUGGGCUUCUCCGAGGCUCUGCUCAUCAGGCUGGCGACCGAAGUCUACGCCUCUGACUACGGCACCUUCCUGUGUAACAGCGAUCAGGAAAGGUGUGCUAUGGGAAUAAAAGAUAAGACUCACUGUUUGUUCCAAGCCUUGCUGAGGCCCGGGGAGAGAGAUUUCUACUCUAACCCGCUGUAUGAGCCCACUGAGCUGGCAAUCUGGCCCUCGGUUCACCCUCAGUCCCUGCAGCUCUGGAGAGGCUUCUUCCUGAGGUGGACCCAGCAGGCUCGUCACCUGGAGGAGGCUCAGGAGGAAAUAAGGAACAUGCUGAUCGAGUGGGGCAAGUUGGCGCUCAGCUGACGCCCCUCCAGCGUGUAUGAACAAGUGAAGACGGUUAAGCUGAAUGUGUUGAACAUGUUUUAAUCUACUGUGUUCUGCUGUACAGUAUUUUUUACUCUUUUAUAAAAAUGGUAAUACCAAAA